UUCUCGUGGGCGAGAGGCCGGGCUGCGCGGCAUGGCUGAGGAGGAGGGCCCCGGCCCUGCGGAGAAGGUCCUGCGCGUGCAGAGGGUGUUCAUCAGCGUGCUGGACAGCUACAGCAGCGGGAACCUCGGAAAGUACUUGGCUAACUGUGUAGCUGGGGCAUCACUUGAAGAAAUUACAGAAGAAGAGGAGGAAGAUGAAACGAAGUCAGCCGCCCAGGAAGGGAGAGGCAAGGAAGGCACAUUCCAGAUCGUGGGCACUCUGGCCAAGCCAGACAGCCCACAUCCCAACUUUGCUGUGGAGACCUACUCGAAUCUCUCUCGAGAAGAGCUUCUCAUGCACCUGAUGGAAUGCGACGUGAUCAUCUACAAUAUCACCACUGAGCAUGCGCAGCAAGUGGAGGAAGCCAUCUGGGCCGCCUCUGCACUGAAUGAGGAGAUCAAGCAUUUUGAAAAGCGAAAGCUGUUUAUCUUGUUGUCCACAGUGAUGACCUGGGCUCAGUCCAAACCGCUGGACCCUGAUGACACUGAGGUCCCAUUUACAGAAGAGGACUACCGGAGAAGAAAGCCCCAUCCUAAUUUUGUGGACCACAUCAAUGCUGAAAAGAUGGUUCUCAAAUUCGGAAAACACGCCAAAAAAUUUGUAACUUAUAUAGUUGCCUCAGGGCUUCAAUACGGCGUGGAAGGAGGCAUCUUACACACCUUCUUCAAGCUAGCUUGGAUGGGUGAGACUCCUGCAUUGCCUGUUUUUGGAGAUGGAAUGAACAUAAUUCCAGCAAUUCACAUUCUUGACCUAGCAGGAGUGAUACAGAAUGUAAUAGACCACGUGCCGAAGUUCCACUACCUGGUGGCUGUAGAUGAGUCUGUCCACACCCUGGAGGACCUGGUCAAGUGCAUCAGUAAACAUACCGGCCCUGGAAAAAUUCAGAAAGUACCCAAAGAAAAUGCUUUUCUAACCAAGGAGUUGACACAAGAGCAUAUUGACCAUUUACUAGUUAACCUGAGGAUGGAAGCCCUAUUUGUGAAGGAGAAUUUUAACAUCCGGUGGGUUGCCCAGACGGGAUUUGUGGAAAACAUCAAUAGUAUUCUCAAAGAGUACAAGCUCAGCCGAGGAUUAAUGCCCAUCAAGAUUUGUAUUCUCGGUCCUCCCGCGGUGGGAAAAUCCAGCAUUGCUGAGGAGCUGGCCAAGCACUAUAAGCUGCACCACAUCAAGCUGAAGGAUGUGGUUUCCGAAGCCAUAGCAAAGCUGGAGUCGAUUGUUGCACUUAAGGAUACAACGGGAGAAGAAGAAGUUGAAGAGGAGGAACAGGAGGAGAAUGUGGAGGAGGCUCAGGAGCUUCUGGAGGGCAUCAAGGAAAACAUGGAGCAGAAUGCAGGUCGGCUGGAAGAUCAAUAUAUAAUUAGAUUUAUGAAAGAAAAGUUAAAAUCAAUGCCUUGUAGGAAUCAAGGUUACAUUCUGGAUGGAUACCCAAAGACCUAUGAUCAAGCAAAAGAACUGUUCAAUCAGGAAGAUGAUGAAGAUGAUGACGAAAUGCGAGGCAAGAUGUUUCCCAUUAAUGAACUAAUCACACCUGAGUUCGUAUGUGGCCUGGAUGCCUCGGAUGAGUUUCUGAAGGAGCGGGUGAUAAACCUCCCCGAGAGCGUCGUGGCCGGAACCCACUACAGCCAGGACCGCUUCCUCCGAGCUCUUAGCAACUACCGGGACAUCAACACGGAUGAUGAGACUGUCUUCAACUACUUUGACGAAAUUGAAGUCCACCCGAUAUACAUCGAUGUAGGAAAGCUUGAAGACGCUCAGAACAGACUUGCUAUCAAGAAGCUCAUCAAAGAGAUUGGGGAGCCUCGCAAUUACGGUUUAACAGAAGAGGAAAAGGCAGAGGAGGAGAAGAGACGUGCAGAGGAAUGCCUGGCCAGGGAGGCCGCUAAGCAGGCAGAAUAUGAACACAAGGAAGCCACGGAGACAGCUGAGAGGAUAGCUCGCUGGGAGGAGUGGAGUCAACGACUAGAGGAAGUGAAAAGACAAGAAAGAGAGUUACUGGAAGCUCAGUCUGUUCCCUUGAGAAACUACUUAAUGACUUACGUCAUGCCAACCCUCAUGCAGGGUCUCAACGAGUGUUGUAAGCUUAGACCAGAUGAUCCUAUUGAUUUUCUGGCAGAAUAUCUUUUCAAGAACAAUCCUGAAAUGCAAUAAGCCUUCAGCCCUCUGAAUCACGUGACUUCACCACUAGAGAUCAACCUAACAUUAUAACUUGAAAAACUGCUUUUAAAAAUGUCUUUCCAUGUUUUAGGAAAAUUUUCCUUAUAUAGUAGAAUUAUUGUGAGAAGUUGUAGUGCAAUGAAUGAUGUUUCAUUAAAACUGUAUCUGCAAAGUAA